AUGGAGGGCCAGGCUGCUCUUCCAUUGGGGGAGGAGCUUUCACAUAGUUGGGUCCAUUUUACACCACUGGAGAUGGUCGUGGCCUCCGCAAAAACUCCAAAUCUUGGAACAAAGGUUACCUCAAAUCUGUUGUUUGUGGAUUCACCGGCUGGAGUAGGAUGGUCUUACUCGAACACUACUUCAGAUUACACCACAGACGAUGAAUCCACCGCCAAGGAUAUGCUGGUGUUCUUUUUAAGAUGGUUAGAAAAGUUUCCAGAAUUCAGGACACGAAACCUCUUUCUAGCCGGCGAAAGCUACACAGGACACUAUAUACCUCAACUAGCUGAUGUAAUACUUGAAUACAACUCAAGACGCUCAAACAGAUUCAAGUUCAAUCUCAAGGGCAUUGCAGUAACUAUAAAAACAAAAUAUGUUACUUUCAAAUCUCUAUUUACUAGCUCUGUUUUGAGAAAUACAUGGGUUUUGAUCAGAUCGGCAAUCAAACUUCUGAAGCUUGACCGAGAUGUUCCAGCCACGUAUGAGUUCUUCUGGUCACACGGGAUGAUCUCUGUUGAACUUGGCCUCACUAUCAUGAACCAAUGCAACUUUGAAGAUUACACAUUCUCAAGUUCACACAACAUAAGCAAACCUUGUGAAGACGCAAUGAGUGAAGCCGGAACCAUAAUCACUCAAUACGUCAAUUACUACGACGUGCUCCUUGAUAUCUGCUAUCCAACCUUUGUCGAGCAAGAGCUCAGACUCAAGAAAAUGAGUACAAAGAUGAGUGUUGGGGUGGACGUGUGCAUGAGCUACGAAGAGCAGUUGUAUCUGACUCUUCCUGAGGUUCAACAGGCUCUUCAUGCUAACCGAACAAAUCUGCCAUAUUCAUGGUCUAUGUGCAGCGGCCUCUUAAACUAUACUGACACUGACGGGAACAUGAACAUACUUCCGAUUCUUAAGAGAAUCGUGAAGAGGGAAAUCCCUGUUUGGGUGUUCAGUGGGGAUGAAGAUUCCGUGAUUCCUCUUCUAGGUUCAAGGAAUCUGGUAAAAGAACUAGCAGAGGAUCUCAAGAUUCUCAACUUCAACACUACAGUUCCCUAUGGAGCUUGGUCCCACAAAGGACAGGUUGGCGGAUGGGUAAUAGAGUAUGGGGAUAUACUGACAUUCGCAACUGUUAGAGGAGCUGCUCAUAUGGUGCCAUACGCGCAGCCUUCACGAGCUUUGCACUUGUUCAGCAGCUUUGUGCUUGGCCGGAGGUUGCCAAAUAGAUCCCCUCCUCCUCUUCAUGAUUGA